AUGGGCUUAGUAAGGUUGAGAUUGGCCCGGUUUGGGCGCCGGAAUUUGCCGUUCUAUCGAAUCACUGCAGCCGAUUCUCGAGCUCCUCGUGAUGGCAAGCACUUAGAGGUGGUUGGGCAUUAUAACCCCAUGCCUGGUAAAGAUGGGCUCAAGCGCAUUGGAAUCAACACAGAGAGGAUCAAAUAUUGGCUUUCAGUUGGAGCUCAACCCUCCGAUCCUGUAGCGAGAUUGCUCCAUCUUGUGGGACUCAUGCCUAAACCCCCCGCUUCUUUUGUGGUCAGAAAGGGCCUUCCUCCUAAGAAGCAACCAACAGCAGCGGCUGCUGAAUAG